AUGGUUAAAUGGAUAUCAUUGUUCAGAGAGGAAACGGCUAAGGUCGGCUAUGGCACGAUUUGGGUAAUGUUUGAUCCGAGGAAACGAUGGAAUGCAAUUGAGGCAUUGCAGUGCUCUUAUUUUCAAUCGGUAAGCAAGGGUUUUGCCUCAAAUAACAAGCCGUUUGAAAAUCUUGUACUUAAAAUACUGGAUUAUGCCGUAGUUCAUAUUUCCGUCUAA